AUGACUACAACUCUAACUGCUAGUUUAAAUAUAGCAUCAAAAUUAAAACACAAUGAGUUUAAAAAGGAGAAAUACUUGACUCCUUUUAAAUCAAUAUUGGAAAAUGCUGAGUUAAGUGAAAAAGAAUUAUUAGAUGCUGUGCGUUCAUUAAAACUAAACAAAGCACAAGGACUUGGUAAUGUUGAUAGUAAUGUUGUAACUAAAUUUUUAGGUCAAACAACGCAAAUAACAACAUCAAGAAGAACAAAAACAGUUUCUGGUCCAACAACGCAAUUACCAACAACAACACGAACAACAGGAUCAACAACAGUUAAUGUGUGCUUUAAUUAUCAAUUUCAAUGUUUUAAUGAUGAGUGUAUUCCACUGUUUUGGAAAUGUGAUGGUCGCUAUGAUUGUUCGGAUAAUUCAGACGAAGAUCCAUCUAUUUGUAAGUGCAGUAGUUUUCAAUUUUAUUGCUCUAGUGGUGAGUGCAUUCAAUGGUAUCGUAAAUGUGAUGGUCGCUAUGACUGUUUGGAUAAUUCAGACGAAGAUCCAUCUAAAUGUCCAACAACGCAAUCACCAACAACAACACUAACAUCAAGAACAACAACAGUUAAUGGUCCAACAACGCAAUCACCAACAACAACACUAACAUCAAGAACAACAACAGUUAAUGUGUGCAGCGUUGAUUCAUUUUUUUGCUCUAAUGGUGAGUGUAUUCAUCUGUAUUGGAAAUGUGAUGGUAUCAAUGAUUGUUCGGAUAAUUCAGACGAAGAUCCAUCUAGUUGUAGUGAAACGACGCAAUCACCAACAAAAACAAUAGCAGUGUGCACUGAUUAUCAAUUUCAAUGCUCUAAUGGUGAGUGUAUUCCACUGUAUUGGAAAUGUAAUGAUCGCCAGGAUUGUUCGGAUAACUCAGACGAAGAUACAUUUAUUUGCAGUCAAACGACGAAUUUACCAACCAAAAGAAGAGCAGGAAUUGGAUUAUCAGGUGCUACAACUGCUUUAGUUUUGUUUUGCGUACUUUUUCUCGUAUUUCUAUUGAUUUGUUUUGUGGUAUGUUUUCGACAUAAAAAAAGAAUGCAACGCGAUAUUGUGCAAUUUACAUCAGAAACUCAAAAUACAACUCAAGAACUAGUUCCUACCCAAGCUGAUCCUAAUAAUCAAAUGGGAGUAUAUAACAGGUUUUACGUCAACGAACCACCUCCUCCGUAUGAACCUACAGUGCCAAUGUACACUCCGUUUAAUAAUCUCACUGAUGAGCCUCCUCCCAGCUACAACAGUGCUCAUGUAAACUUUAGUUAAAUUUUAUCAAAGAGUUAUAUAAGACAUUCUUAA